UUCUCAGCCGCCUUUACGCCGGAAUGUAUUGCGCAUUACGCGGUAUUUUACCCAGAUCUCGGCCGCUUUAGUCAUCCAAUAACUAAAUUGUGAGACUUUUUAUAUCAAAACCCUCCACUUCUAUACGAAUGGCCCUGCUGUUUGCUGGCCCAGUUGAGGCAACUCUCCCGCCAAGCGGACCUCGGCCAUGGGAACAUCCAUGAUUUUUUAUUAUUUUUUAUCCCACGAACCAUGGUGGGCUGGGCAACGACGAUUGCUCCAGUUGCAACGCCCGUCUUGUCUCUUGUGGCUGCAUCAACUGGUGGCACGCCUUCGUCAUUGAGGCGUUGCAGUAAACUUUUCUCCUCUGGCCUGGGAAGAUCUCCCUCAACAACCAAGUCUCGUUUCUCUUCGUGGGGCUCUUGAAUACCCUUGGAUAUUAUUCAUCGAGGGGGGGAGAUGCAAGUCCUGUUCUCCGUCAAGUUACUGGGACACUAGAGACUUUAGACCCAUGGAGUCUCAAUAUCUUGGGCAACAAUGAUAAACCCGCUGAAAAGGGUAUAAAUAUUCAUAAAGGGAGCGAUGUUCCCUUUCUUUCAGUCAACGUCCUAUUUGCCUACACUCGUUUGAAGAUUAUAUCUUCUUAUAGAAGUUUUUACACUUUGUUCUCUUGGACAAAUCCGCUCGCUUUCAGUGAUUAGCUAGUCUUAACUGUCGCUAUCUUGGCUUCGGACGCUCUCAAAAAAGCCAGCUUAUAUAGCCCACACCAUAGAUCUCUUGACGGAGUGCUCUGAUUCUCGUCAUGAGGGUGUCUGCAACGCUUUUCGUGGCGGCCGUCGCCGAAUUUGCGUUCGCGCUGCCAGGAAAGUAUCCUCCUUAUGGGGAUUCCGCGUCGGAGACUAAUUCAAGCUAUCCGGUUCCUCCUGUGACGGACUCGUAUCCUGCUUACUCGGAGCAUCCCUCGGUUGACUCUUAUUACCCGACUCUUCCUCCCAGUGAUACGAGCUCGUACCCAACUCCACCUCCAGUUACAUACUCAUCAUUCUCAUCAUAUCCAGUUGCGCCUCCAUCUUCCUCGAAACCACCUUCUGUGACGGACUCUUCUUACCCAGUCCAUCCGCCCAGUGCCACGAAGUCUUAUCCAGUUCCACCUUCCAGUGGGACGGGUUCCUAUCCAGUUCCUCCAAACAUUACGGAUUCAUAUCCAGUUCCCUCUUCUUCACACCCAGUCACCACCCCUCCUAUUAUUACGGACUCCUUCUCCGUCAGUCCCCCUAGUAGUGCUACAGGUUCCUAUCAAGUUCCUCCAAACAUUACGGAUUCAUAUCCAGUUCCCCCUUCUUCACACCCAGUCACCACCCAUCCUACUAUUACGAAGUCUUACUCCGUCCAUCCUACCAAAACCACGUAUAGAGUUACAACUUAUACUGUAACGGAUACGAUAACCAGAACAAAGUGGUUCCCCCACUCGACACCUACCACUUCCUCGGGUGGCCAUACUUACUAUACUACCUGGGAAACUGCUUCUACCUGGACGACAACUACGUGGUAUACUAUUACUAAGACGCUCACCCUACCUACUUACACUCCUCCGCCUCCUACUUACACUCCUCCGCCUCCUACUUACACUCACACAUCCGAGUGUCCUCCUUAUUGCCUAACAAGCUGCCCGACAGUUUACACGGUUACCACCACCGUCACUGAGUGCGGUGGCGAUGCUUGCGGAGGAUGGUAUCCCCAGACAACAACUACACCUACCUCUUAUCCUCACUAUUCACCCACGUCUUAUCCUCACUAUCCACCCCAGUCUUAUCCUCACUCUUCACCCACGUCUUAUCCUCACUAUCCACCACAGUCUUAUCACCCUACUAGCAGUUACGUCGAACAGUCGUAUCCAACGACGUCACCAUAUCCUACUGGCAUGAGCAGUGAUGUCAAGCCCUCAUAUCCAAUGACAUCACACUAUCCAUACCCGUCGUAUCCUCACUAUCCACCCCAGUCUUAUCCUCACUCUUCACCCACGUCUUAUCCUCACUAUCCACCACAGUCUUAUCACCCUACUAGCAGUUACGUCGAACAGUCGUAUCCAACGACGUCACCAUAUCCUACUGGCAUGAGCAGUGAUGUCAAGCCCUCAUAUCCAAUGACAUCACACUAUCCAUACCCGUCGUAUCCUCACUAUCCACACCCGUCGUAUCCUCACUACCCACACUCGUCUUAUUCUCAUCAUCCUACGAGCAGUGAUGUCAAGCCCUCAUAUCCAACAACAUCAUCUUAUCCUCACUAUCCACAACCUUCGUAUCCUCACUACCCACACACGUCUUAUUCUCAUCACCCUUCAAGCAGUGACGUCGAACCGUCGUAUACAGUAACAUCAUCACCCUAUCCUACUGGCACGAGCAGUGAUGUCAAGUCCUCAUAUCCAGUGACAUCGUCACCCUAUCCUACUGGCACGAGCAGUGAUGUCAAGUCCUCAUAUCCAGUGACAUCGUCACCCUAUCCUACUGGCACGAGCAGUGAUGUCAUGUCCUCAUAUCCAGUGACAUCGUCACCCUAUCCUACUGGCACGAGCAGUGAUGUCAAGUCCUCAUAUCCAGUGACAUCGUCACCCUAUCCUACUGGCACGAGCAGUGAUGUCAUGUCCUCAUAUCCAGUGACAUCGUCACCCUAUCCUACUGGCACGAGCAGUGAUGUCAAGUCCUCUUAUCCAGUGACAUCGCCACCAUAUCCUACUCCUAGCUCUCACAUUGAGCCUCCAUAUUCAGAGGCAUAUCCUACCCAUUCUGGGUAUCUCAGAGAACGGAGGUUCGCUCUUCCGGUCUUCUUCUAAAUGAAAUAUAAACGACAACUUGUGGCACGCGCGGAGGGGAGAUAAGCCCAUCGUCCAUGCUUUAAAUAUUUUUACUCCACGCCCAGUUAUGUUAAUUUGAUAUUACCGUACAUUUUAUCCCUCAUGAUUGAUUAUACCUCGUAUCUCCUAAUUUUCAACUUAUAUCCAUUUACCUUCCUAUUUUACCUUACACCAAACCCCUUCCUUUUCAUCAUCUUGCGUUUCUCAAAUUAUGAGUAUACGUCUAGCAUCAGCGGCAUUUCGACUACUGUCCUUCCUUUAAUGACGCCCCCAUGGCUUCUAAUGAUUUGUGACUUCAUUUUUACAGUUUUUUUCCUUGACUUUGAUGAGGGGCUCUCUUCCAUGGUCGGACCGUCGAUGUACAUGAUUUCUUUGAAACGCACCAACACUCCUUACGCAUAUCAGAAUAUCAAAAAAUUGGCGUUAAUUUCUUUUCUUUUUUCUUAUGACAGGAUGAACUUGAUAUAUUCAUUAACCUACAUGUUUUAUCGAGGGAUAGUAUCAGAUUAGGAUCUUACUUUAUUAUAAGCAAAAUAAAUAUGCUUAAAUUAGAAGGAAGGCUAGCCUCAAGAACCUCUUAAAACCACACGCGAUGUAACAAUGAGGAAUUAUCAUAUAGUUAUCGAAGGAGAGUACAGGCGCAGUUUCACUAGUACAUUACAUCUAAGCACUCUCCUCCCUUGCCUCCGCUCCCCUUCGGACGGACGGGCAACAACCCAGUCCGAAUUACUUCAACACAACCCCCUCCCCCUCCUCUGUCUCCGCGUACAAACCGUCUCCCUCAAAAAAACCUUACCAAGGCCUCCGUAUCCUCAGCCUCCGCAUCAGACUCAUUCCGUAUCUCAAGCGAAAACUCCAUCAGUCCCCUCAGGCGCCGGAUGGGACGAUGCCACUCAGCGUCCAGCGACCGAACCGGGCCAGCAGGCAGCGACACCAGAACAAGCAUGAGGAACCCUUAGUCCAUACAUUUUCGUCGCCAAUAUAUCGCAGAACUCAUCAUAGACGUUCCUCUCCUCGUCCUUGUUGUAGCUACUAUCCGCCGCCACCGACGAGGCCCACAGCAUCGGUCCCACCACUGUCUUUGGUUGGCUCCCCCUGCUACUGAUGGUGGAAGCGGGCGGUCCGGAGCAACUCUACGCCAGCUAGAGGUGGACGGGUGGGUGGCGCCCGGAGGAAUCUGACAUGUGAACAGGUUCUCCGGCCCGAUGAGCUUGGCGAAUGGAUUCCAUGUCUCCUGGAAGACAGGCGUGGAGUAGAAGAGAGGGGCGGCCUAUUGUGGAUUUGGUGGCAUGUUAGGAGGAAGGCUGGAGACCUGCGACCUGCAACCUGUCGACUGAGCAUUGAAAGUAAAAAUGAUCAUAUUCGUUGCGCCUAGUUCGGCUUCGUAGAGGGUAUGCGGAUAUGACUGAUACGGCCCUUGUUGUGCAAGAGGUGGAUUGUAUCGCGGCCGAAGUUGAGUUUGUAGAUUAGAACGCGGAUUUCAGGGGGUAUCCGGGUGAGGAAAUAGGAUUCCUGUAUAGUCUUGGGUGGUGGUGUAGGCAACGGGGGGAGUCCUGGUCACGAAACCGCGGAACGUUUCUAUGAAGUUCAACAUUGAUCUGACACUGGGUAUGAAUUGCAAGUCUUUUGGAAGAAGAGCACUUAGUAGGGAAUGAUACCGUAAAAAAUAUAUGUGUGUCCGGGAUUUGAACCUCCUCUGAGAAUGUCAAAAAAUUAAACCCAGCAGAGGCCAGCCGAAGUUAUGUAGUCACACAGAAUUAGAAGUAAAUAUUGAGGCCUUGGGGGCGAUACUCAGAUAGGUCCCCAUGAAUCUUCCAAAAGCACUCGAUACCUUAGUUUCUAAUGUCUCAUAACAUAGACUCAGACAGGCAGGGUUGAUUUCCGCCUUGCAUCGCCGACUCUCCAGAAGCCUUCAAAUAUAAAAAGGCUCCCAGGCUGCUAGAUAAAUAGAGCCUAUCAAGCUCCAGCAUCGCAGGCACGUUGGAAGCUCCCUUCAAGGUGAGCUGUUCGGCAAGCCGCGAUCUGGCCGUUUUGCAACGGCGGGAGAAGGAUGAUUCGUCAGGAUUCAUCAUUGAAUCAAGCUCCAUCCAAUCCAGUCUUGCGACGUCGUCGCACACCUACAGACAGACAGGCUAGUCUUUGGGCGUUGAUUGGGCUUUUGAGUCCUUCAUAAUAAGUACUGCGUAGUUACCAGUUAUUCGAUCGCUACCUGCUGUUAAAUAUAUCCUAUUCCAGCAACAGGAAGCAACAGGCAGACGAAUAUGAUUCUUGAGGCGCUUUAUAAAUAGCUGAAACAGGCGCACAAGGAUUGGAACCUGGCCGUCCUCAACGCAUCCCCAUGGGAAUAAAUUGGCGCUGGACACACGGUGGGAUAGUUGAUUGUUUUGAUUAUUAUUGUUUUGAAGGCUAGGAAUUCAAAUAAUGUUUGAAACUCUUUGGAUUUGUUUAUUCUCUUCCUCUCCCCCACAACUCCUAGCCUUUUUUUCUUUUUUCUUUUUUUCUUUUUGUUUUGAAAAAAAAAAGGCCCGGAAAGAAAAAGAAAUCGAGAAAAAGGCUUUCUCAUCAAAAGGAAACGAAGCAGGGUAUUUUGGUAAAAGUAUAGCAAGAGCUGACUGACAACCACGCAACGCCUGUGACACAGAUAUCAAACGUAUUUCCCAAAAUUUGCCCCGUCACUUGAAAUUGGAUGGUAUGACGAUGGUGAUGAUGAUAUUCCCGAUGAGGAAAACCGCGGCACAAAUAUUUUUUUUUCUUUUUUUUUUUAAAAAAAAAAAAUAGCAUUAACGAGUGGGUCCACUGGUCAAAAGAAAAAUAACGGAAAUAGAUUCAAGGGGAGAGGGUUAAAAUAUAAAUAGUAACUGAGAAAAGAUGAAAAGUAAAUUAGAAGGGACAGUAGAAAAAAAAAAAAAAAAAACAAGGCGCACAGAUAUAACUAAUAACUACGUGUGCGAAAAUGAAAUACACGUUGCUGCUUGCUGCUCCACUCUUCUUUAAGAAACACACAGAAGACGAAAACACCUAUACACACACACAUAAAAUCAAUAAGCCGUCGCAACUAUUCCACUCCACCACCCAGGUCGUCUUGGUUUUUCCCCGGCCGAAAUUGAGGAUAUGUUUGAACCCUGCCUACGCCAUACGCCAAAGAUAACGAAUUCAACAAAAAGGAACUAUAUCGGGGGUGCCAAACAGGGCAGAUUCGUUCAGAAACACGGGAAGAAUGUGAUGUGAGAUACGGGGGAGGAAAUAGAAGAGAGAUUUAAAGAAACAUCAAAAAAAAAGACAAAUACCAACGACAUAUUAAGAAAGGUAAAGCCCAAAAAAAGGUAAUAAAAUGAAUAAAGUGAAACCAAAAAGAUAAUAAAGUAGUAACGACAAUGAUAGCAUGGCCACAAUAAAAACGCAAUGGUACGAGGUAGUAGUGCGAAAAACAAAAGCGAGAGAUAGCUAGGAAAUAUAAAAAGCGAAACCGAAUAGUAUAUAUGCAGAAAUGAGGCCAUAAUCGUCUUACACAAGUAAACGAAGUCGCAAAGAGAAAUAAAACGAGAACGGAAAGAGGAAAGAGUCGUGAGUAAAAGGAAAGGAGGCAGGAACUACCCUGGAAAACCAAGGAGAAAGCUGACUUAGCCGGUCCAUGACCGUAGUAGAUGCUACUUCUAAUCUUUAGUCCACGAACUAGCCACACGGGUUUGACGUGUACUCACUACGUCAGAUUUCUGAUUCGGAUUGGGACCACCAGAUGCCGAUGUAGCUUGACUGUCCAUCCCCGGUCGUUGGUUCUUCGUGUCUAGUGAUUUCAUUCCAUUGCUGUUGGGGACGUGGUGAGGAGGCUCGCCGCUGCUCGACAUUCUUGGCUCCUUGCUCUUUUCCAGGAGGGAACCACCGAGAGUUGCGCACUUCAAGAUGGUUUGAAUCAUCUGGUUCUGUUUCAGAGGUUUAGCCAGGUAUUCAUCCAUCUGGGCUUGGAUACAUUUCUCCCGGUCACCGAGCAUCGCGUGUGCGGUCAAAGCGAUAAUGGGCGUUCGUGAUAGUCCGUUUUUCUUUUCAUAUUCUCGGAUCUUGCCCGUAGCUUCGAAUCCUCCCAUAACAGGCAUUUGGACAUCCAUCAAAAUGACGUCGUAUCGACGCUUCUUGAUCGCUUCCACAGCUUGAAGGCCAUUGCUGACAACGGUCACGCCAUGGUUGCAUUUCUCCAGUAUCUUGACGGCAACCCUCUGGUUCACAUCGUUGUCCUCGGCCAAAAGAAUAUCAAACGAUCUUGUGUGGUCCGUAGUUAUUGGCGUGGAACGUCCUUCAAGAGCAGGCAACAUGCCAUUGCCUAGAUCGAUAGGCUGACAAGGAGUUGUCAUGUACGAUGUGAUACCCAGAUCCAGUGCUGACUUCAGACU